UCAAUUCGAACCCAUUCAAUUGUGAGGGAUCGCCUGCAGAAACAAACAAAAAGUGUGAACACAAACAACUUGGGUGGAUUUUUAUUCGAUUUUAUUUUCGAUUGAUUUAUUUUUCUAUUGGACGGAACUCGGCAGACCAGAGAGAAAACACUCAACCUGCUGGGCCUUGACGUUCGUCUGUCUGGAUUGGAUUGGAUUGAAUUGGAUUGAUCCGACCGCCCACUCUCUCUCCCUCUCGCCCCCUCUCUUUCCCCCACGACCCACCGCCGAAGGAUCAGGAGAUAACACAGCGGUGUCCGCUCUGCCUUUGCCCGAAGCUGCCCCCUCCGCUUUUUAGUCUUUCCCCGUGGCACCAGCAGGCCGUGUGUCCUUUUACUCGCACCUUUACGAUUUCGUGGUUUGAAUCCGUGCACUGCUGUCUUCGCAAUGCGGCCCCAACGGGAGUAUCAUAUCGUCGUGCUAGGCGCUGGAGGUGUGGGGAAAAGCUGUUUGACGGCUCAAUUCGUCCAGAAUGUCUGGAUCGAGAGCUAUGACCCCACUAUCGAGGAUUCAUACCGGAAGCAGAUUGAGGUUGAUGGACGACAAUGCAUCUUGGAAAUCCUCGACACCGCUGGAACGGAACAAUUCACGGCCAUGAGAGAGUUAUACAUGAAGCAGGGCCAGGGGUUUCUGCUCGUUUUUUCGAUUACCAGCAUGUCCUCGCUAAACGAGCUCUCGGAGCUCCGAGAACAGAUCAUCCGUAUCAAGGACGACGAAAAGGUCCCGAUCGUCAUCGUGGGCAACAAAUCCGAUCUUGAGGAAGACCGCGCCGUGCCCCGUGCGCGGGCGUUUGGCCUGUCCCAGAGCUGGGGCAAUGCGCCGUACUACGAGACCUCGGCGCGUCGACGCGCCAAUGUCAACGAGGUCUUCACGGACCUCUGCCGACAGAUCAUCCGCAAGGAUCUCCAGGGCAGCUCCAAGGGCGACUCUCGCAAGCGGGACGGCUCGGACCGAAACGAUCGGAAAAGCAAUCGACGACGACGCAAGGGGCCUUGCGUGAUCUUAUAAUAGACGGUCCGCCCCGCGAGUGGACCAUCGACCACUCCCCUCCCCUCCCCGUAUGAGUUCCGACCUUCGUUUUCUUCACCAGUAGAAACGUUUCUAUUGCACAUACCCAUC